AUGGCGCCGCGCCAGAUGUACGCUCCCCGACGGGGCUGCGCGAGGAGCUUCGAGGAGUUCAGGCGCACCGUUGCGACGGCGCUCGUGCCUCGGCGCGACGGGGCGGCAAGGCACGAGGAGCUGCGCAAGAGGCGGCCUGCUGCCUGCAAGCGCAAUACCAUCGAGGUCGCCGACGGCGGCCCCCUGGGCUACGACAGCUUCGAGGACGACUUCGAGGACGGCUACGACGGCCACCAGAACACCUACAGCGACCACCAGCGCUUCGACCGCUUGCAGGGCGGCUACACCCCAGGCGAGGAGCGGCGCGACCGGCUCCGAGUGGUGUCCCCUCCCUCGGAUGUGCGGUCUGACGACGGCGCCGCGCCCGGCACCUGGGACAACGAUAGUUACGAGACGGAGGUCAACAGCGACGACGUCAACGAGAGCCACGACGACCCGCCAGAAGAACGACAGCUGCGACAUCAACGAAGGCCUCUGACUGCCAGAAGAACUCCAAGGAGCACCAGAACAGUAAGCUGGCUGGGCAUUUGUGUGGAAGAGGGGAAGGGCGCCUACUUGCAGGUGGUGUCGUCCCAGGGCAGGGCAGAAGAGGCAAACGAGGGGGAGACUGAGAAGGCAGACGACGAAGAGGACUACAAGGAGGGCGGCCUGAAGGAAAAAGACGACGCCCUGUCGAUAGCCGCGUUGGCGCGCGAGGCUUUCCCCGCCAGAAGACCGGAGCAGACAGCUGAGGCCAGGCGCGAGAAGGACCCAGAGCACAAGCAGCACAACGAGCCCGAGGAGGACCCAGAGCACGAACAGCAGGACGAGCGCGGGACGGGCCCAGAGCGCGAGCAGCAGGACGAGCACGGGGAUCCAGAGUACGAAAAAUAUUCAGAGCACGAGCAGCAGGACGAGAAGAAGAACCCAGGGCGCGAGAAGCGGCCAGAGUACGAGCAGCAGGACGAGUGCGAGAAGGAUCGCGAGCGCGAGAAGGACCCAGAGUGCGAGAAGGACCCAGCGUACGAGCAGCAGCACGACCGCAAGAAGGACCCUGAGGGUCCAGAACACGAUCAGCAGGACGAGUUCGGGGAGCCAGAGCACGAUGAGGACCCAGAGCACGAGCAGCAGGACGUCAGGCAGGACCCAGGGCGCGAGAAGGACCCGAAGUUCGAGCAGCAGGACGAGCGCGAGAAGGAUCCAGACUGCGAGAGAAACACAGACUGCGAGAAGGACCCAGAGUACGAGCAGCUGGGCCCGCCCCACCUCCCAGACGAAUGGGCUAGCGCGAUGGACAAGACUGGCGAGAGGCACUGCUGCCAAAGGGUCACGAAGCAUAAGCAGUGGUCUCCCCCGCCGCCAGACAGCGCGACCAGCUACCUGGACAAGCAAGGGCGGCGCCACUACCACAACGAGGUCAUCAACAAGACGCAAUGGACGCCUCCCCUUCGCAGCUGCCUGAAGAAGCCGCCCCGCCAGGCGGAGGACGCGGAGCUAGCACGCACGCUUCGCGAGAAAGGCCACUAUGCGGAGUCCGCGCAGCUCCCGCCUGUCCUCACGAUGGGACCUAGGUCGCCCUCGGAGUGGAAGCAGCUGGAGCUCGACAGUGCCGGUUUGAGGGCGGCACUGACGCUCGCGCUGUGCGCGGCGUCCUCGGGCCUGGCGGUGUUGCUCUUUCUAAACCCAUCUGCUCCGCAAGCCAAUCUUCCCUGCAUGUGGAAGGUCCCCGAGGUCAGGUUCCUAUGUUCCCUGCAAGAUACGUCCCCGACGGUCACGUCGAGAUGUGAGCCCAUGGGGGACCGUCAGUGCCUGUGCAUGAAUGCCAUGCCGAUCAUGGCCCCUACUGACAGCAGCCAGAUCGAAGUCUACGCAGCUGCUGUCAUCACGCAGGCUUCAGAAGGGGAGGUCGCCCUUCGUGAAGCAGAGAUCGAGCAGCUGCACCAGGUGCUCGAGACGCUCACUGGUGACGCUGAGAUCGCCAACCGUGUAUGCGGGCUGCUCCCCGCUCUCUCUGCGCUGGUGGCGGGGAGGCAGCCCAGCUGGCUCGAUCGGCUCCGUAGGAACGUCGCUCUGCACGCGAAGAUCGUCACGGACCAGCUGUCCAUGGAAACUCAGGGCGAGUACCCCGUGGCGCCUGCCGCUGGUUCGUGGUGUGGGAACCCUUUUUCAGACCGGGAGCCGAUCGCAGAGGUGCUCUUCGACAGCAGCGACGGGACCGCAGGGCCUCAGCCAGGGAGGCUUGUUUUGGCGACUGGUCCUUCGCUCAAAGACAGUCGAGGAGGCGGUCCUGGCAAAGGCUUGGACAACGUUGGCGACGAGAAGAUCCUCAUGCAGGCGGCUGACUACCGCGAGACCGCCUACAUGCACACGAUCGGGGUAGAGGCACAGGAGAAUACUUCUCCCGAGCUGGGCAAGGGGCUGGCCAUCCUGACGAUAUUCCUGAAUUCGUUGCAGCUGAGGUUGGUGCCGAUACGAGCCCUCGGUUCUCAAGGAGGCUGGCGGGUUUGCCAGACAGCAGGAAUCGUCGCCUGUUUCUGGAUGUUCACGGCCGUCUUCGCGUACGAGACCAAGGAGUUCGGCCUGGUCAGCGUCGAGCCCGAGGAGCAGGGGAAGGCCCGGGGCAAGAAGGCUGCCUGCGAGGGCCGCUUCGUGACGCUCCUGGGGCUGCAGCAGUCCAAGAGGGAGCUCAUCUGGCUCCUCGAGAGCAAGGUGGGCCAGCGGCACGAUCCGCACUUCGCUGCGGACAGCGCGAACGCGGCCAGGAACCAGGGCAGCAAGCAGGGCGUGGCGAGGCGCAGAGAGCUCGAGGAGUUCGCCAGCCUGCGCCAGGAGGCCCUCGGCACCCAGCGCCCGUCCGCCGCGGAGGGCCUCUUCGGCGAGCCCGCCUCGGCAGUAGGCCUUAAGCGUAAGGCGGCGCCAGACGCUGGCGGGGCCGCCGCUGCAGCGAAGCGGCCGUCGGCUGCCAAGGCGCCGGCCGAGGCUGCUGCAGAGGAGGCGCAGCCCGCGGCACAGCCCGAGGCCACGCCGCCGGCGCCGCCUGGCGACGCCGCCGAGGCGGCCUCGGAGGAGGAGGGGGCCCUCGGAGGGCUCGCGGCCUACGACUCCGACGAGGACGAGGAGGACGACGAGGACGAGAAGUUGCCGCCGCCUGCGCUGUGA